GCUGUGUGUGUGAUGUACUUCUAAAUAAACUUCUUUCCAGUGCUCUUGGAGGAUCGUCCGCCCUUCACAUCCCAGCCUUUCCUGGUGGAGGUUGUCUUAUCGACUACGUGCCCCAAGUGUGCCAGCUACUAACAAACAAGGUACAGUAUGUUAUUCAGGGAUACCACAAGAGAAGAGAGUAUAUCGCAGCUUUCCUGAGUCACUUUGGAACUGGUGUGGUGGAAUACGAUGCAGAAGGCUUCACAAAACUUACUCUAUUGCUGAUGUGGAAAGAUUUUUGCUUCCUUGUUCACAUUGACCUACCCCUGUACUUUCCCCGAGACCAACCAACCCUAACGUUUCAGUCAGUCUACCACUUCACCAACAGUGGACAGCUCUACUCCCAGGCCCAGAAGAACUACCCUUACAGCCCACGCUGGGAUGGCAAUGAAAUGGCCAAGAGAGCAAAGUAA